UCGCAAGAACAGGGUUGGACUCAACCACCUCGUGGGCUCGUCGUCGUCUCCACGGCGCCACCACUAAACCCAACCAACCCCAAAACGGAGACGGCGGCGAGGAGGAGGGUUUUGCACCCUUGCCCCCCCGCCAUGGCCGCGGCCUCUCGGGCUCCCCUCGCUCGCCGCUCCCUCCUCCUCCUCCGCUACAAGGCCCUCCCUCUCUCCUCCCCCUCCUCCUCCUCCUCGUCGACCCACAGCCUCCUCCCGAGGCCCCCCGCGUUGUGGCCGCCUCCGCCUCCGCCGCCGCCCCACGGAUGCGAGCGGCGGCGCGCGUUCCACGACGGGCGGCCGCGGGGCCCGCUGUGGCGGAGCAAGAAGCUGAUCGGGAAGGAGGCCCUGUUCGCGAUCCAGGGGCUGAAGCGGUUCAAGGGGGACGAGGAGAGGCUCGGGGAGUUCGUGAGGCGGUACGUGGCGCGGCUGCUCAAGGCCGACAAGCUCGCCGUGCUCGGGGAGCUGGAGCGCCAGGAGGAGGUCGAUCUUGCCGUCAAGAUGUUUAGGAUAAUACAAAAAGAGGACUGGUACAAGCCAGAUGUUUUCAUGUACAAGGACUUGAUUGUUGCUCUAGCCAAGUGUAAGAAGAUGGAUGAAGCAAUGGUAAUCUGGGGGAACAUGACAGAUGAGAACCUUUUCCCUGACGCACAGACAUAUGCUGAAGUCAUAAGAGGAUUCUUGAGAUACGGUUCCCCAUCAGACGCAAUGAACAUUUAUGAGGAAAUGAAAAAGUCACCUGAUCCUCCGGAAGAAUUACCUUUCAGGGUAUUAUUGAAGGGUCUUUUACCGCACCCACUUUUAAGGAACAGAGUGAAGCAAGAUUUUGAAGAAUUGUUUCCGGAAAGGCAUAUCUAUGAUCCCCCAGAAGAAAUAUUUGGUCUGCGCUGAGGUUGAGGAUUCAACGACUUCAUGCACCUUCUGCGUUUGGACUUCAUUCGGAUUACCUGCAUCUCCAGAAGUUCUCCAGAAUUUGAUGUUUGGAGUGGAAAUCUGUCAGGUGAAAGAUUAAGUUAUCGAUGAUCAUGCUUAAGAGAGGUAGACAGAAACAAACAGACCAUUCCAUUAGCUGUACUGUAAUAUCUAUGGUUACGGAAAUUUUGUUGUUCAGGCAAUCUCUUAAAAUAUCAGGCCUUUUAUUCACAAAUGCCACUUUGUGUAUCUGUAAUCCAGGAUAUUUUGAAAAGUAGCAUAAAAAAAACUCUUUCAUUGGGUC